GAGCCCGGUGACGACGAGGCGGCCGCCGCCCCUGGGCCCUUCACGGCGGCGCGCGGAGCCGGACCAGAUGGCCGGUCGGGGCACCGCGGGAGCGGCCACCCCCCGCCCGUGCCCUCGCAGCCUCGGCUGCCGCCGCAGGCCCUGGCCAGCUACGGCUCGGCCUCCAGCGUCGCGGCAGGCGCAGCCACUGACUCCCGGCGAGGCUAUUCUCUACCCCGUGCACGAGUGCGUGUUCAAGGGCGACGUGAGGAGGCUCUCGUCCUUGAUCCGGACCCACCACAUUGAUCAGAAGGACCUUCAUGGAAACACUCCUUUACAUCUUGCUGUGAUGUUAGGAAAUAAAGAAUGUGCCCAUUUGCUUUUGGCCCACAAUGCUCCAGUAAAGGUGAAAAACGCUCAGGGAUGGAGCCCUCUGGCAGAAGCCAUCAGCUAUGGAGACAGACAGAUGAUUACAGCACUUUUAAGGAAACUUAGGCAGCAGUCCCGGGAAAGUGUGCAAGAAAAGCGACCUCGAUUAUUAAAAGCCCUGAAAGAGCUAGGUGACUUUUAUCUAGAGCUUCACUGGGAUUUUCAAAGCUGGGUGCCUUUACUUUCCCGAAUUCUGCCUUCCGAUGCAUGUAAAAUAUACAAACAAGGUAUCAAUAUCAGGCUUGACACAACUCUCAUAGACUUUACUGACAUGAAGUGCCAACGAGGGGACUUGAGCUUCAUUUUCACUGGUGACGCUCCGCCCUCUGAAUCGUUUGUAGUGUUAGAUAACGAACAGAGAGUCUACCAGAAAAUCCGUCACGAGGAUUCAGAGAUGGAAACAGAGGAAGAAGUUGAUAUUUUAAUGAGCAGUGAUAUUUAUUCCGCAACUUUAUCAACCAAAACCAUCACUUUCACACGUGCCCAAACAGGAUGGCUUUUCCGGGCAGAUAAAACAGAAAGAGUGGGAAACUUUCUGGCCAACUUUUACCUGGUGAAUGGACUUAUUUUAGAAUCCAGAAAAAGGAGAGAACAUCUUAGUGAAGAAGAUAUCAUUCGAAAUAAGGCCAUCCUGGAGAGUUUAAGUAAAGGCGGAACCUUAAUGGAACAGAACUUUGAGCCGGUCCGAAGACAGUCGCUGCCGCCGCCCCCGCCGAACACCAUCACGUGGGAGGAAUACGUGUCCGCGGAGAGCGGGAAAGCGCCCCACCUGGGCAGGGAGCGCGUGUGCAAAGAGAACAAGAAAAUGUUCAAAGCCACCAUCGCCAUGAGCCCGGAGUUCCCCCUCGGGAUUGAGUCGCUGCUGAAUGUCUUAGAAGUCAUCGCGCCCUUCAAGCACUUUAACAAGCUGCGAGAGUUCGUGCAGAUGAAGCUGCCGCCCGGCUUCCCCGUCAAGCUCGAUAUCCCCGUGUUUCCCACCAUCACAGCCACUGUGACUUUCCUGGAGUUCAGAUAUGCCGAAUUCGACGAGGCCAUCUUCAUUGUCCCCGAAGACUACAAGGAGGAUCCAAACCGGUUUCCUGACCUUUAGCUCACCUGGAGAACUCGCCGUCCCAGCUUCGCAGCGACAGCCAGUGGAUGCAGAGAACCCAGCACGUCGGUCCAGAUGGAGGGAAAGGGCGCUCCGAGUCCUCUGUGGCCGAGCGGCGCUCGGGGCCCGGCUCGGGGCUCGGGGCUGCCGCGGGGGCUGCCGUCGGCUCGGACGCUCGGACAGUAGAGCAGCAGCUGGCACGGAGACCCUCCUGGGCUGCCCACGGGGGAGACGGGGGCCCUCUGGGUGUGCAGCCCUCCGGGCGGCGGAGAGGUCCUUCGGGCUCACUGGAACGCACGCUGGGCAGCCGCUCAGCCUCUGGAUGCCUGUCAGACGUAUCGAAGCAGAAGGGAUGCCCUUUGCUGUAGACGAGACGACCGAAUGGUGACCAUUAAACAGUUGCAUUUUCACGUUGCAAUACAUUUCCGAACUAGCAUUCACUCUGCAGGGAAUACGGUACCUCCUGUAGCACCUUCGUGCAACUCCGUGUGGUGCUAUUCAUGUUUUUAUCGGAAUUCUCCAGUGGAAACGUUUCUUACUCAUCUGCCGCCGCCGCCGCCGCCGUCUCGAGCUUUCUUUUCUAAUCUGUGUUCAUGGUAACGUGUUGGCUAGCAUGCUUGCAGACGUUCAUCUUCCAAAUCAUAGCACUUUCCAAAAAAGAACCCAAACCUUGUGAAAUUGGCCUCCCUUCGGGGCGCCCCCGUGGCCGCCGUCAGGGCAAACGUGUCCCAGAGCCCCUAAAGCGCUUCGGUCCAACUCCAGAAAGUUGGGGCUCGUUUCCUUUAGCCGCCGCUAGGAAAGGCUCCCGAUCGUGUUGUCUAGUGUGCGAUCAUGGAUUCCCCGGUUUCUCAUUGAAAUCUUUCCUAUGAUUCCAAGUUGGUUGGAAGGUCCAAAGUGGAAAAUCACUGAGAGUUCCGCCGGCCGGCCGCUCCGCGGGGAGGUGGGAUGCGCUUGCCGUGAGCAGGCGCCGGGCGGCCCCCAGAUCGGCUCCCCGAGGCGGCCCCCAGGCGGCCCUCUGCCCAUGAGGGCUUCGCUCGUGGAACACGUGGCCGGGAGGCCCGCGAGUCCCCACUGGGCAGAGUCCGCUCUGCUCCUUCCCGAUGGCCCGAGGUCUUUAGCCUUUUACCCCGCCAGGAUCCCCACAAAAAACAAACCCUGGACCAAAUGGCCGUCCGGCCCCCGGGGAGCCGAGGAGCCCGUGCGCUCUCCCGGGACGGCGAGACGGGGCUGGCUGGACACGGAGGCCCCGCAAUGGAGGAAACGUUUUUAAGGGAGCGCCGAGGCUGCUUUCUCCAUUUCAGUGUAUAGGACUGCGUAGAUGUUCACAUUUUAAUAUUAAGAAAGGAAAUAAUUUUUAUAGUGCAGAAAACAGUAUUCAUGGUUCCAUUUUUUAAUGAUCAUUACUAUUGUACGUGGCUUCUUGGACCUUGGGGAAACGGGGGUUCGUCGGCGCCUCCCUUGAUUGCAGGAAGAAAAGCUCAUUUCUCGGCGCGUCUCCCCUUCGGCUCGGGGAGCCCCGGUGAGGUCUCUCCGAGGUCUGCCACGGGGGCCGGAUCGGGCCGGGGCUGGCUUGGGUCUCCCGUGUUAGAAGGUGGUGCUUCACGCGGGCCGUCCGAGGGGUGGGGGGAGGAGGGGGGUCCCGCCUCGUGGGUCAGCCUGUCUGUCUGUCUGUCUCCUGGAACUGUGAAUCCUUUACUGGGCUCUACUGGAAGUAGAAAAACUACUGAACACGUUUGCACUUAGACUUGUUUUGCACACAUUUGUACUCUAAGAAACACAGACCCUCGGUUCCACCGUGCUGCCAUCUUCCCAGCCACACAGGACAGACGGACGCCCCAUCCUUCUUCCCGUGGCAGCUGUUAGGAAUCCGCUCUGAUGCAAAUAAACUUUUCACAGUAUUCACAGAUUCUCAAAAAUGUGAUUUUUAAAUCAAGUUUCUUAGGGAAGCCCCGUUUCCAGUGAAAUGGCCAAACCUUAAAGCGUAGAUGGUGUCACAUGACUCAGAGCGGGCAGCGGCAGGCUCAGGAAGUUUUAGGAGGGUCUCGAGGGACGACGUGCACCCACGGGGCAGGGGGGUGGUCUGGGCUCGCCCUUCAGCCCUGGGGGCCCACCGAGCUCCUCGGACACCCCCAACACAUCCCUUCAUUUUCCCUUCUGCCCGGGGGGCUCAGGGGCCUUGCUUCAGUCCUGGGAGAAGCCGAGACCCCUGUGGGGAGCCUUGGCUGACCCCCGUCUCCCUAGCAGAUGCUCGGCGGCUUGAGAGGACGCGUGGAUGGGGGAGGGGCCCAGGAGUCGGGGUCGUCCUUGCUAGUUUUCAAAGAAAAAAACGGAGCCAGAAGCUGAGCAUCACCCAGCGCAACCUUAAUGUUAGGUUGUUGGGCGAGGCAGAGGGAGCCCAGUGGUUAGACAGGGCCCAGGGUUCAAAUGCAGCUUCUUGGCCGCCUGAGCCCCUGGCCGAGUCAUGGAACCCCGUUUGCCUGGCCCGUUCCCUUCUGCCAUGUCUGGCUAGACUGGCCCAGAGUGGCCGCGCUCUGGACAGAGGCAGCUUCUCCACCCGACCCUCCGCUUGCUCCCCCCCCAUGGACAGGCUCGGCAGAGGCAGGCAGGGAGACUCGGGAUUCUGGGUGGGAGGAGGUGGGUGUUUCGGCAUUUCAUGGCAAUAAUAAAAAACAAAACCCAAUAAAGUAGCUUCAAAAUAGUUUUGUCCAAGAACUGCCGAACGGCCACUUGCCGGGGGAGUAAUUUGGAGCAGAAUCUGCUGAAGGACUCGAGGGGCUCCUCCUGGGCUGGCUGGGCGGGGGGCGCCUUCUCCAGCCUCCUCUUCCCUCCUUUCCAAGCUGGGCCUCUGGCACUGCGGACCGACCGUGUGCCGGGUCCGGCCACCUUUUGUUUCCAAGUGACGGUCAUGUUCCAAAAAGGACUCUUGUCUCGGGUCUCGGCAACAUUUCUACGAGGACUUUUUUUUGUUAUUUAUUAUCAAUAAAAUCCUACGUUUUCCAAUGA